AAUUAAGUUUUAGGAGUGUACAAUUUGAUAUGACCUAGGAACAAGUAAGGUCAAAUUGGGGUAAACCUUUUGGGUGUAUCCCAUUUCUGCAACUGUUCUUCAUACAGACCAACUGAACCAAGCGUCUUCACAAGUCUAUAUGUAGGACAGUAUUGGAAUUACAGUUGGACUUCAAAGGCUAGCAGUUUUAUAAAAGGACUGCUGGUUCUACACCAAUCUCUGGUUUGGGGGAAGGACUCCCAAUAGACAAGCCAGAAACCAAGGACAAAUAAAAAAUUUUUACCGUUGGAAGAUGAAUCUUAUGUAGCAGAUACUCUUGGAUUAAACUUCUGGACCGGUCUUUACCAUGUCUCUGAGCAAGACCCUCGAGCUGGAGCACUUUGAUGAACGGAACAAGAUCCGCCGCGGACGCUCCACCCGGCCCAAGAGAGAUGACUCGACAGGCAGUGGCGGAGGUUCAGGUCCCAGCUCCAGGGGUAGUAGUCUGGUUCCAAGCCCCGCCCACAGCGCCAACUGCAGCUACUACCGGACCCGAACACUGCAGACGCUCACCUCGGAGAAACGGGCCAAAAAGGUCAGAUUCUACCGCAACGGAGACCGGUACUUCAAGGGUCUGGUGUAUGCCAUUUCCAGUGACCGCUUUCGCUCCUACGAUGCGCUGCUGAUGGAGCUGACACGCUCAUUGGCUGAUAACCUUCAUUUGCCGCAAGGAGUGCGCACAAUCUACACCAUAGAUGGCAGCAAAAGGAUCAGCACUAUGGACGAACUGGUGGAAGGCGAGUGUUACGUCUGUGCGUCUAACGAACCGUACCGCAAGGUCGACUACACCAAGAUCUCCGUUCCGAGCUGGAAGCCCGGAGCCGGAGCCGGGGCCGGUGCCGGUGCGGCGAGCUCCACCCGCUGCACCACCACAGUGUCCACCGGGGUGUCGGCGGGCAGCGGUGGCACCACAAGUGUCGGCAGCAGCGGGGGCACCGGCACUGGCACCGGCGGCUCCAGGGAACGUCCCGAAAGCCGCGAGGGCAGAGAGAGCAAGGACUUCAUCAAGCCCAAGCUGGUGACGGUGAUUCGCAGCGGCGUGAAGCCGCGCAAGGCGGUGAGGAUCCUGCUGAACAAGAAGACGGCGCACUCCUUCGAGCAGGUGCUCGCCGACAUCACCGAGGCCAUCAAGCUGGACUCCGGCGCCGUGAAGCGGUUGUACACGCUGGACGGAAAACAGUUGACUUGUCUGCAGGAUUUCUUUGGCGAUGACGACGUGUUCAUGGCGUGCGGCCCGGAGAAGUUCCGUUACGCUCAGGACGACUUUGUGCUCACACACACUAACAAAACACAGGCUUUUGUCAGCGAGUGUCGGGCUAAAUCUCGCUCUGCUGCUCCACCCAUGAAAACUACACCUCCCAAGAUUCCGAGCGGUUCUGGUUUCUGCUCCUCAAAGACGCCGCCUAAAGGCCCGACCAGGACAAAGUCUCCUGGUCCAGCCAAUGAGGCGUCAGGAUCACAGUCAGGUGGGAAGUCCACCAGGUCAAGCCCCUCCCCCACCAGCCCUGGGAGCCGACGCAGCCUCAAGAUUUCUCCUCGCAGGACAUCGUCCACUGACGUGAACGGAGACGCCGAGCAGCUGGACGAGGACACCACUGUCGAAGUUAACGGAAAUCGAUCGGUCUCUUCAUCCAUCAUCAACGACAAGUACAAAGUCGGGAAGGUGAUCGGAGAUGGAAACUUCGCGGUUGUGAAGGAGUGCGUGGAGAGGUCGACGGGUCAAGAGUUUGCGCUGAAGAUCAUCGACAAAGCUCGGUGCUGUGGGAAGGAGCACCUGAUAGAGAACGAGGUGGCCGUGCUGCGGCGAGUCCGACACCCGAGCAUCAUCCAGCUCAUCGAGGUGGACGACACGCCCACUCAGCUCUUCCUGGUUAUGGAGCUCGUCAAGGGUGGCGACCUCUUUGACGCCAUCACCUCGUCCACCAAGUACAGCGAGCGCGACGCCAGCGCCAUGAUCUUCAACCUGGCCGGAGCCGUGAAGUAUCUGCACCGCAUGAAUAUCGUCCACCGAGACAUCAAACCAGAGAACCUGCUGGUUUGUGAAUAUCCAGACGGCACGAAGUCUCUGAAGUUGGGUGAUUUUGGUUUGGCGACGGUGGUGGAGGGGCCGCUCUACACGGUUUGUGGCACGCCCACGUACGUCGCCCCGGAGAUUAUCGCAGAGACCGGCUACGGUCUAAAGGUAGACAUCUGGGCCGCGGGAGUGAUCGCCUACAUCCUGCUGUGUGGAUUCCCUCCUUUCAGAAGUGAGAACAAUGUGCAGGAGGAGCUUUUCGACCAGAUCCUCAGAGGGAAGCUGGAGUUUCCAUCUCCAGACUGGGAUGCCGUCAGUCUGCCUGCUAAGAUGCUGAUUAGUCAGAUGCUGCAGGUGAAUGUGGACGCUCGUUUCACCGCAGAGGAGGUCCUGUCACAUCCCUGGGUGACGGAUGAAGCUCCCGUUGACUCCACCACUGUGAGCAGCACUGAAGACCAGAGCAGUGCAGACGCACUGGAACCAGAACACGACGACUCACCGAUACUGGAGACCAAACAAGUUCCCUCACCUCUGGUCUGAAACGCCACCCCCGCCCCUCCCCCCUUUAUCACCGGGAAACUUAACACAACAAUUCAUAAAUAAAUAAAAUAAGAUAUGGAAGCUACAUGUCCGGUCCAAGACAAAACAUAGUUUCACCUACUGGGGAUUCUUCUACAAGAGACCGAACCAGUUCCCUCACCUCUGGUUUGAAACACAGUCCCCUUCCUCAUCUGGAAACUGGAUACAAUGCAAUUAAUUUUACCUGCAAACCAAGAGAGUUCAAUCAAAACAUCCUGUUUUCAUCUUUUGGAAACAAAAAUGACCAUGAGGUCCAAGACAGAACAUGGUUUCACUAACUGGAAACCAACAAAGUUCUCUGAAAUCUGAUCUAAAAGACACCAGAAACAAGAAUUCUCUCCAUGAUUUUUGACCAUUAAAACAACUCCCACGGUCUUCUUCUGAAAACCUUCUUCUUCUAAGGACCCAACCCGUUUCUACGUUUUUGAUCAAGAACACGUCCGUUUAAACCAAUGGAAACCAAACUUAGUUUGGAAGGACAGCCUCACCUUCUAAGUUCCUGUUUUUUUCCCUUUAAUGAAUUCGGGUUCAUGAAACCCAUUUUAUGAACCAAGUUCCAUCACCCAUCAUCAAGAAUUUCUAGAACUUCUAUUGUAUUGGUUCUAUUCAACAUCAAAUUGGGCUCCCACUCUGGUCUAGAACAGGUCACACUUUGUUGAACGGAAACCAAAUAGGUUCCCCUUAAAUCUGUUCCAGAGAACCUUCAGUAUCUUUAACUAGCAACCAUGAAAUCUCCGACACCUCCCGUCCAGUUUCAUCUAAUUUUCUCGAUUUACUGGAAACCAAACACGUUAUCUGGCCUCCAGUCCAGAACCUUUUUAGUAGCUUCUGCUCAAAAGCAUUCCUUGGUCUUCAAAGGAAAAUCCACUUUACCUUCUGGAAACUGGACAGAUCUCAUCACCAUGCUGUUUGCAGAAGAAAACAACUCAAGUUCCUCUAGUGUUAUUGGUUGUGCGAGACACGAAAUUAAGUUUCAUCACCACUGAAUGGAGGAUGUUUAACGACAUCAACACUGGAACACCAUGAAGGUGCUAAUGGACUGGUUCACCACCCAGAGAUUCAUGGGCCGUCAUCAAAUAGAACUUUCCGAACCUCUGAUCGGAAUGACUCAAAAAGUUCUGGAGACCAUUUUCAUGUGGUUUAACACAGGUGAUUCAGUUAUAGGACACUCCCUCUGGUUCAGGGAUUGGAUUCUUGGUAGUCCCUGCCUCUCUGCAACCAGGAUGUCUUCCAUUUAUCUGGGAAACGUCCCAUUUCUCCUGCCUUCACCUUCCUGCUCUCCUCCUACUGCCUGAAGGACGUUUCUUCUUCUUCUUCUUGGCGUCCACUAAUAGGAGGAGACGUUCAAUUACUGUGCCUGUUUACGCUGCUGAUAAAAUCCUCCCCCUCAUGUCCCAAAUCUCUGCGCUCCUCAGAACCUAGAACGUCUCAUUUACUGUCCACAUUCAAGUGGCUCGUUGUUUUGUCUAUGUCCGUAUGACAUUUGGGCAAAUUUGGGCAGUAUUAUGAAGACAGGAAGAAAUUGAGAGUUUAGCUAAUCCCCUAAAAACAAUGUGUAACGAUAGCGUAGUCGGACAUUCUGUCCCUGAAAUUGAAAUUGCAUAAUUUGCUUGCUAGAGUUAACAAUUUUUUAUCGCAUCUUGGCUCCUUGGAUCUUCCCAUACAGUUAUUUUGUUUUAUUUACUAAAAUCUGGCUAAAUACAAAAAGCGACAAAUUAACAUUUGGAAAAAAACAACAAGCCUUCUUGACAAAACAGGCUUCAACGUGGGAUCUAAAUUUAACAGAAAGACGGCCAAAACGUGUCAUUUUCCAUCUGCAGUAUGAAUGAGCUAACCGAGCUAGCUAAACUACAACCUGCAGCGUAUGGAGGAGAAACACACUGUAUAUACUGUAAAUAUAAUUGUCUGUUGUUGUACGUCUGUGUGAGUCAGUUGUGAUGUCCGAAAAAUAGUAGCAGAAAACAAAAAAACACAAAAUAAAUAAAUCUCAUCGUAGACGCUAGGAGUUAGCACAAAAAAAACCGAAACCUAGUUUUUCCCCUAAAAAAACCCACUAUUAAAUCUUAAAGUGAAAAAAAUAUAUUCCAAGUUGCUAUGGAGAUAUUUUCACACGGCUAGCUAUCAAUUCAAAUAUAUAUUUAAGCAAAAAAAAAAGGGGGCAGAAAAACAGGUUUCUGAAAGGUGUUGACAAGCGCUAACGAAAGAGUUCGUAGCUAUGGCGGACAUCUUUCUUUACGCGGUCUAGUGUCUGAGACGAGACAUAGUGGGCUCACCCACCAAUCACAUCGCUCCAUCCGCACGCCAUCAUUCAUGCCGUCUGUUGAUGUUACGUCAAACCCCGCCGUCCACAAAAAUCACGUCCCCACACACGUGAACUGUCUCAGUGACGGCGAACUCCCAGAUUUACGAAUAAUACCAACAUAGUUUACGAGUAAUUGAGGCAAGAUUCUGGCAGACCACAGUUUGAGAGGAUUAGUUGUUGAUUACAGGGUUUUGAGGGUAAAUGUGUGCUUGUAUACAGAUGAUGCGACGCUGUUAUUUAUGUUUCGCCAAAACGGGUGCUUUUUUCAAAUACAGUUUUUCAUUUCCAAAUAGAAAUAGAAAUUACCACAAGUGGGAUAAAAGACCUAAAUACACAGAAAUAACUCUUUUAACUCAUUAUUUUGCAAAAAUAAACAGGAUCUUUGUUGAGAAACAGUUAAGUUGUGCGAGAACGCAAUUUUUAUGGUGGCAAAGUGUGUGUGCGUGCAUUUGUAAAUAAGUGUGUGUGGUUGACUUGCAUAUUAUGAACGUGUGAGUAUCAAUGUGUGUGUGUGUUUACAUUAAUAGGGGGGUGGGGUCAAACAAAACAAACUUGAAACGUGUCAGUCGUCUUCGGGAUAAUGGUGUUGAGCUGACACAGUGUUGUGACCUCACUAUGACCUUUCCAUGGCCUUUACCUUUGACCCGAGCCACUGGUGAGGAGACGGCAGGAGGGCGGAGCUUAGUGAGCCGUUACAAAAUUGUGUGAAAAUAAGAAAAAAAAUGACGUAAGUAAAAUUUACGUCGGUGACCCAAACCGUUGCAUGUUGUCAAAAAGUUUAGUCUUUCGCCGGGGUGUCAAAACAAUGUCACAAGUUCAACCUUCAAAAUAAAAGUGUUAUGGUUGUAGCCGUUGUAGCAUGGCUACACGUUGGCCCUUCCCGCUAACCUGAAGUGGCUGCCAACUAACAGUAACUACGGCAACUGCUGACCAAACUCGAAGCCCCUCCCUCUCCUCUGAAAUCACCGGUGUGGAAAUAUUUUGCGUUUCUCCCGUGAGUUUUGUCAAAGCACAGGACGUAGACGUAACCACGACAACAACGCCGUUAACACAGGCAACUCUUCAUAAACGUCCUAAAAAUUAAAGUCAUGCUAAAGCGAUAAUAAGCGCUACAGACGUGUUUGUAGCAUCAGUCAUGUGACCUUAUUCCCCCCCCACCCUCGUGAAGAACUGCAGCUCAACUCUUCGUACCAGUGGCUCGACCUCUGACCUUCUAUGCCUGCUAUGAACCCAGUCGUCUUAAUUAUUUUCUCUUUGCUUUAAAAACCAAACGCAGCCUUCUUCUUCUUCUCUUCUGUUGAUGCUGAGCAGCCUCACUCUGGGUCAACGUGCGCCUGAACGCAACAUUCUGUAAACACGAGGUGCAUUCAAUGUCCAGACAAAAAUAAAUAAACAGAAAAGUUUCUUCAGGUUGAAGAACUUUUCUGUCUGACUCUGCCUGACUCAGAUGCGAUGUUUCUAUUUUCCAACUAAAGACUCAAAGUUAUCGACCCGGGGCGGCUGCAAUGGUUCGGCCCUUUGAGUGUGAGAGUGUGUGUGUGUGUGUGUGUGAGACCAUUUCACAUCAUGCCUCAUUUUAGACCAGAGGUCUCAAACUCGUGGACCUCGGGCCACAUUUAGCCUGCCAUUCGAUUUUAUGCGGCGAUUUAUGUUUCGAACAAUGUGUCAUUCCAUAUCAGCACAAACAGAAAUGGCCCUGGCCCUGGCCCUACUGGCCAGACGAGAUGUUCACUGGCCCCCAUGGUCAUUUUAGUUUGAGGCCCCUGAUUUAGACAGAAACUGAUUUCUAUAAAGUGCAGUAGUUGAGUUAAGACUUUAAACACGACUGGUUUUCCUAAAAUGGAAUCUCUUUAUUUAAUUGAAAUGAUUUAACAUUAAAGACAAUCCGUUUUAUUUAAUGUCGAACCCUGACCUUUGACCCUGGCAGCUAAAAAUAACAAAAAACAAAACAAUCUUCAUUGAAUAAAUCCUGGCGUACUUUUUAUUUUUGGUUGUUUUUUCUCUCUCUGUGGGAUGAUUUUAGGAAAACUAGGAAAACACGUCUCAGCGUGGACGGAGACAACGGUGUUUUGAGGACACGUUGUUGCCCACGGCAACGCUGAUGUGUAACGUGAAGUGUGUCGAUUUGAAACAUGUAUGUUUGUUGGGGACAAAAAAACAAAACAAACGAUUGUUUGUAUCAUGAAAAGACUGAAAAUAAAAUGGAUGCAGUGGCAUCAUGUGACCCUG